UAGGGAAUCCUCAGUGUUAUCAACGCGCUUUCAGUUCGCGCUUCGCACAUUGGUUAAAUUCUGUUUGUUUUCUGUUCCUGAACUCCCUGAAUUAGUGUGCACUUAAAGUGAAAUAGAUAUAUAUUUGAAAGUUAGUGAAAACAAGAAGGAACGUUCCGGUGCAGUCUAGUGCAGGAAUAGAAAACAAGCCUAUUGGCACGACCUUUGAUGCAGUAUAUGCGCAGUCUACGCGACUACGCGACUCCGGAGUCUCGGGAUAGUCGAAACUCGAAACGCAUCCUCAAUUCUAUUCUGUUCGCGACAAUUCGACGAGCGGGAACUCGCUUGACGCGCUGGCGCCAUUUGAUCGUUAUUAAUGCCGUUAUUCGCGUGUCGCGGAUAACAGUUAAAUCGCGAUUGUACCGAUCGACCAUCUCCUGAUCCGCAUUCUUCCCCCGGUAUCAGCCGUCCGCAAACGGGCCACGACAUACAUCGACGACAUCUACUCUUCGCACUUUUGUCAAACCCGUGAUAACAUGAGCUACUUGAAGUCGAUCGGCACCGCCGUUAUAUACAUCGGCCUAUUCCUGGCCGUGAUAACGUUUAUACCCGGUUUACCGCCGGACACGGAAUUUAAAGAGUACAGCGCACCGAUACCGCGCGAACUCGUUUUGAAAAAUCGGCUGAAUGGUGCCCAAAAGCUGUUUGAGGGUGAGGUCCAUGGCCCGGAAGACUUCGAGUCUUACAACGGGCAGUUGUACACCGGCGUGCACGGCGGUUAUAUCCUAAAGGUCGAGGAGAAUCGAUUGACACCGAUCGUCAAGUUUGGUAAAAAAUGCGAUGGAAUAUGGCAAGAGCAUAUAUGUGGGAGGCCUUUAGGAUUAAGAUUUGAUAAAAAAGGUAAUCUAUAUGUAGUAGAUACCUAUUACGGUAUUUUUAAAGUAAACGUUGCAACCGGAGAGUACGAAAAUGUAGUAAACGUUUCUAAACCGAUUGAGGGUAAAGUUCCACGAUUUCCCAAUAGUAUCGAUAUUGCAAAAAAUGGAGACCUGUACUGGACCGAAAGUAACACGGAUUUUGCACUUUACGACAUACUUUCGAUAUUUCUGUCAAAUCCAUCAGGGAGGCUUGUCCAUUAUAAUUCAGCGACAAAACAAACAAAAGUACUUAUGAGAAGCCUAGCAUUUGCAAAUGGAGUUAUGUUAAGUGACGAUGAAAGUUUCAUAAUUGUCGCCGAAACUACAAAAAAUCGUAUUAUGAAAUAUAAUUUGAAAGGACCAAAGGCAGGACAAUCUGAAGUUUUCGUCGAUGCCCUACCGGGUUUACCGGACAAUAUUAAAAGUGACGGUCAAGGUGGUUUUCUCGUCUGUUUGAUUAUAGUUAUUAACCCUGAACAUCCUCAAAUCGAUAGGUCUCUUAUGCCACAUCCAUAUUUGAGAAAAAUGCUGGUACGAUUAUUAGUGACGAUGGAAUUACCAUUUAAACUAUUAUACGAUAUUUAUCCCAAUACCUACACGGAAAGAAUUUUGCAUGCGAUCGGAUCAUUCCAAGGUGCUGAGAGUAUAGUUGAUAUGCAUGAGAAAAGUAUAUUAUUGAGAAUAGAUGCAUCUGGUAAUAUCAUCGAUGCUCUUUCGUCAGAUGACGGCACAUUCUCUCGUGUAAGUGCAGCUCACAUACACGAUAACUAUUUAUGGUUUGGCUCUCCAUGGCUAAAGUAUAUAAGCAGAGUGCCAUUAAAACAGGCUUUCCCUGACCUAGCUGAGAAAGAACCUUCUCGUGGAACGAAUGCUGGUCCUGAAGGCGUAAAAGUAGAAAAAACGAAGCGAGAUACGGACACUACAGCUAAACCAACCGCUGCUCCUACGCUUAAACCAACAGCCGCCCCUACUCCUAAAUCAACCGCCAUCCCUACGCCUAAACCAACUGCUUCUCCUACUCCGACACCUAAACCAACCGCUGUGCCACAACCAUCCUUGGCUCCUAAAGUAGAGAAAGUUAAUCGGGUCAAAACGAACCGUCCGAAAGAGGACCUUUAUUUGCAACCAGCUUACACCUGCAAAAUUGACCUACGUUUUUUUAGACUAGCUGCAGAUUUUACAAUCUACUCAAUACCUACCGUUGCCUGUGAUGUCAACACCACCAAUCUUGACAGGCAAAUAAGACCUGUUGUUGAAAUGGGGAAAGGACAGCAAUGGUUGAUGAUCCACCAUCAGUCUAAUUUUGUACAGAGCUGCGAACAGGCCGGCGCUGGCAAUCCCAUAGGUAAUCAGCUAAAAACAGAGAAAAAAAACAGCGAGUACAAAAACAUUCGUCAGCACGUUCAGUGUAGGACUGCUGUGAGACCGCGGAGGCGAGGACGCCCCGGCGUGGAGGGUUCGCCCCCCGAGGAGUGCCCGAGCGCGAACAUGUUCCGGGACGGCCAGUAUUUGGAAGUAAUCAAGGCCUCGGACGAUUGCCUGGCGACCGCCGUGGUCACCGUGCAGGAGAGAACGGUGGAGAUCGAGAAGCGGAAGGUCACCACGAACAAGUGGCUGCAGAUCGAGGACUGGGCGGCCCUCUACAAGAUACUGGAGCGAGCGGUCCUACGGAACGGCCGUCAGGGUGACGGCCGGGGAUGCGAACGGAGAAAGUCGACUCGUCAGCUGGAAGUCACGUACACUUUUGAGCAUCCAGAAAAUGCAAGUGAUAUGCCGUCCUUACCCACGAUCAAGGUGCACGUGUCACCAGCCCGAAAGAAACCGGUGAAGCGAAAAACAGAUGACGAGACAUCGAAAAGAAACAAAGUAAAAACAGACGACGAUGCAAGAAAACGAACGAAAGAGAAAAAGUCUCCCGUUCGAACGACAACAAAAGACGAUCGAUUGAAGAAGAUACCAGAAAAAUCGGCGGAGACUUCUCCGAAAAAGACCGAGAUUUCGAACACUAUCAUGACGGAACAAGAAGACCCCAAGAGAAAGAGGUGCCGAACAUACAUGCUCUCUAACGAUUUGGAGAACGCGCCGUUGGAGGAAUACAUCCCGGACGUGCCGAAGACAAAGAAAUUGUGUCCGGACCUCAAAUAUGUACCCAGCCGAAAAAGCGUGUUGGAAAAUAUGCGAUUAACGUCGAACGAGUACACGCCAACUCUGUGCGACAGCAAAAGCUGUGUUACCGAAGACGUGAGCUAUGUACCGAACUCGAUCGGGAAACUAGAAACGACCUACGAGAUUUACGAACCACGUGCUACCACGGUGAUACCUGACAGCGUUUUCGAGGAGUACGUACCUAAUUCCAAGGGGUUCAACCCCUCCAUAGAAGAGUACGAGCCUGAUUUCAAAUCCCCGAGUAAACUAAUGAAGUUCGACGACAGUUACGUGCCCUCGAGCGUACGACGGAAUACGUCGAAUGAUUCGAAGAAAACUCCGAGCAAGCCGACUUCUCCAGAGAAGUCGAAGAGACUAGAAGCUCGUCGAAAGGGAUUGGCGAAGAAGAUGGAUAUCUUCUCGUGAGAUGUACGAGUGUCAAGUGUGCUGAAGUAUGAUGAAACAUGACUAAAGAAGUUUUGCAAGGAGAGAAAAUAGAUUUUGGUAUGACUGAUAUCUGUAAAAAGUAUAAUUUAUCUUAAUACGAUAUAUAAGACUAUAUUAUAAAUUAUUGUAUAGCGAUGUCUAUAAUAAAAUACUUAUUCUUCCUAAA